AUCAUAACCUAUCGUGCUAUUUCUUCUUGGUGUUGUAUGUCAUAAAUAGAUAUCUUAAUAAUCCAUAUUUCAUGAAUGUUUUGGAUUUUUUGUAAUUUUAUAAAAAGAUAUUGGAUCAGUAUUUAAAAUGGAUGAGCUAGGUGAGCCUAUGGAGGUGGAAAUGGUUCCAGUUAUUGAUGAUGUAAAGGAUGUUGAUUCUGAGCAGACCGAUGUAAAAACAUUUAAUUCAAACAAUAUGCAAGCAGAGAUACAGUUAGAUAGUCGUUAUGAAAAUCGUGGCGGUACUUUUAUGACUGGUAUAGAUAUAUUCAGUAAAGAAGAAAAAUUGAAAAUGGAAGAGAGAGCCAAACGCUUUGGACUAACAGAAAAAUUAAAAAAUAAUUUAUCAAAUCAAGAGCAAGAUUUAUAUUCUAGUAUGGGCAUUGUGGAAGAUAGUGAAAAUACAAAAAAUAUCAGAUUAAAUGUAAUACAUAUGAGAGGAACAGAAGAGAUGAGUACCAAAGAUGUUUUCAAAUAUUUUGAAGAUUAUGCCCCAGCAUCCAUUGAAUGGAUCAAUGAUAUUUCAUAAAAGCAGAGAACUACAAAAUCACUUGAUGAUAAUCCUGAUGAAGAGAACAAUGUAACUAAUGAUGACUGUACUAUUGAAAUGGAUGAAGAUAAUGAAAUCACAAAGGAAACAGAUAAAGAUUAUAUAAGUAUCAAAGAUAUUAAUUGCCCAUUACCUCCUGGUUUGUGGAGGAAGGGGAUAAAUUAUCCUAAAUCUAAAGCAAUAUUUCUUAGAUUUGCUACUAGAGCUGAUAAAAAACAGCCUAAUGCAGAGAAAAUGAGUGAAUAUUAUAAAAAGUAUGGAAAUCCUAAUUUCGGAGGUAUUAAAGGAAUUUUAACCGAGUCUCGAAAACGAAUGUAUAAACAAAUUAGACAAAAUAAAAGAAAAUUCAAAGAAGAACCGCAAGAUGAUGUUAAAGAUAGAAAACACGCAAAGAACCCUUGGGGUGCAUUGUCAGAAAGUUGGGGACUCAAUGAUGCUAUAGAAAGUGAGUUUGGCACCAGAAAUGAACCUAGAGAUCACGGGCGUAGUGUGAAGGAAAGAUUAGGGAUAAAAUAUCCUCCAAAGGAAAUUACAUACACUGAAGAACAACAAAGUAGUUCGAGCAGUGAUAGCGAAGACGAAUGGUGUAAAAGAAGUAAAGUUUUACGGAUGCGAAUGCAUGCAGACGACGAAGAAGAAAAAAUACACAAACGACGUGCGAAACUUCGACAAACGAUGUUAAACAACCUAACUAGAGGUAAUGAUUUACGAUCCAGACUCGGCAUAUCGAGGAAAGGAACGCAGUUCCGUGACGCAAUUCAAAUAGUUGUAACAAAUACAAAUGCAACGAAAUCAAAUUCAUUAAAGCUUAACGAUUCAGAGGAGGAAGAUGGUGAAAUAAUUGAAGAUAAUGAAAGCCAGGAAAAGGAAGAGGGUGAGUGGCAAGGAUCUGAUGAAGAGGAACGAGAAGAAGAAAACGAAGAUGACUAUAGCGAUGAGGAUAGUGACAAACCAGCGAAAGAAGUUCAAGGACCUAAGGGCAGUGUGAUAAAAGUAGUUCAACAUAAACCUCGUGUCGCUUCUACAGUGUGGGCGAGAUUAAACAAUGUAAAAAGCGAAGUUAUUGAUAAUUCUAUUAAGGAUAGGCAAUCGAGAAUGCGAGACCUCAGAAGUACAUUAAAAGGCGAUCUUCGAUCUCGAAUCGGAAAUCAUACAAGAGGUCGCUCUCCCUUAAGGAUAGAAGUAAAAAAUGACAAAUAUGCAGAAGGUAGUGAAACAGAAUAAUGGUCGAAUGAAUUGUCAUAAAAAUGAAACGUUUUUGCUGCUUUGCGAUUGUGCUGUUAGAUUUCAGGGAAAGAAUAUGAUAUGGUGCAAAUUUGAUAAUUGUAUAAAAGAAUCGAAAACGCGCUCAUUACACCGAAUCUGUUACAAUUUCACUUAACUUAUAUAAAAAUUGAAUUUUUAUCACGAACAUAUUCAUUUAUAUUAAUAAAGUACGACAAAAUUUCACUGAUAUAUAGUCGUAUCAUGGGAUAAUAAAUUCGAAAAAAUAUAUAUUUUUAAUCUUAAUUGACUAUGCCUUGCACUGCCAGAAUAGCUCAGGCAAAGUGUGAGAGUUUAAACUUUUAUGUUUAAGUAUAAAUGUUCUAAGAGAAUAUAUGCUAUAUAGAUAUUUAUAAGUAUAAAAUCUCCCAUAUUUUUUACUCAUAUUACUCAAUUAUAAAUAUGAACAUUGAUCUUUUUAAUACGAUUAAUGUUAGCAUUUUGUAUAUAUUGGUAAUGUAGCAUCAUCUUCCUAUUCUUAAAAUCAGACAAAAUACAAAUGAACGGGUAAUGGGUGCUUCCUGAAUUGUAUAUAAAUAUUAUCUAGUAUAUUAUCUAGUAAUAAUAAGAAACACAGUUUUUUCACUAACACAAUCACGACUCAGAAAAAUAGAACGUAUUUUUAAAUAUUCGUUUGUACAAUUAAGACUUUUGUAUUUUGUAAUUAUAAUUGGAAAAAAAAGAUAUUUUCAGAUACUCCAUAAUUAAGAGAAAAAUAAAUUUAUACCUUAUUGUACAAAAAAGAAAAUGUUCUGCAAACGAAUAUUUAAUAAAUUGUACAUCGAAGCGAUAUAUAAUAAUGUUUCGCAAUUUUUUUGUUUUGAAACUUCCGUAGUUAUGAAUUAAAAAAGCCAGUGACAAAUGAAGGAAAAUACUCAAUACGGCUGUAAAUAAAAACAAAAUUGUACGAGACUAAUAUCGUAUACACGCGGAGCAUUUAAAAUAUGUAUUUUCCUUACAUAUAUAUGUAAUAAUUAAUGAAAUAUUUCGAGGUCUGUGAUUUUUUAGAUGUGAACAUUAAAGGAAAAGAAAAUGCAGUUUCAUAACAAUAGUUAACCAGAAUGGCCCUUGUCUGCAAUUUUUUCACAUAUUCAAUGAGAUGUAAAAAACAUGAAAAAUAAACAGAAUGAUAUAAAUAUUCUAUCUGAGUUUGGAAGAAAUAGGGAAUAAUUGUGACAUCGAUUCCGAAUAAUUGACCAAUAAAGCCGCCUUUAUAUUAGCACAAUAAUACUUUGAAUAGUCAUUUUAAAAUACAAUAAUUGAUAAUUAUGAUUUCAGUACAUAUAUAUUUAUCAUUUACACAAAUAACAAUUAUUCGGAGAAAUAUUCGGCUGAAGUAAUUCGAGAAAGAAAAAU